AUGUCCAUAGAUGCAGAGAUAACGAGGAUUAAUGAAGGAAUAGCGAAAGUGCAUUUGGCACUUUAUAAAUUCGACAAUCAACUGGACAGCAUACUGACAAACAUCAACGGCAAACUCAAUGAUUUUGAUGCGGGAGUGAACAAUGCGGUUGGAAAAGUGAAUGGUGUUGGACGAGACAUCACCAACAUAUUUCAGCAUUUCCCCAAUGAAUCUGUGUAUUACGUCGUACUGGUUCUACUCAUAUUCACAUUGAACAUCCUUUGCAUGUAUAUGAUUUACUACAUCUAUAAAUGGAUAGUUGAACGAGAAGUUCGAUUCGACAGGGAAGUGCGGAGGUAUCGCAAGAAGAUCUAUCAAAUCCUCGACGCGACCAGGACGUCAAACAGUCUAGAAACUCUAGAGACUCCUCCGCCUACUUACGAUGAGUACGUGAAGACAGCAGACUUGUACGUGAAAUAUCAUAGAAAUGGAAACUACUCGACGAUCUCUGCCUUGCCGAAGUGA